UGUCAAGAGAUAAGGUUCUUUUUAUUAAUCCUUUUUUUCAUAUAACAGUCAUAAAUUACUAUACAAAUAGUAGUAAUAAUAAUUUUAGCGUUAAUAUAUAAAAACAUUUUCUUAACUAUAAAUUUUUAGUUUAUCAAGGUAGUAUCGAAAUGGAGGAUGGCGGUUGGAAAAGAGGGGACAUCACAAGCGAUAUGAUAAACGAACUGCAUAAAAAAAUAUGGGAUGUGCCCCGAGCACUCAAAGAAGCAUAAUUGAUAACGGAAUGGGUUCUAGAGAAUCUGAAAUCGAAGCAUAUCAAAAAAUAGAGCGUGACAUUGCUAGAGAAGAACAAGCUGCACCGGCUCCAUCUUUAGGUCACGAGAUGGCAAAACUGGAUCGUUUUAUCACAGAUAUAGAAAAUCUUAUGAGCCAGCUUAGUCAAGAACGUAUAACGGAUAUUGAACUGACAUCCAACGACCGAUUUUCCCAAAGAUAUUUCAAUUCGAGAAUUGUAGAUGAAAGCGACAAUGCAAUUAGGACCGUCAUGGCAGAAUUACGAGUAAAUUUGAAUCAAAUUCUUGCGAUAGAACACGAAGAAUUCAUUGCAAAUCUCAAUCGAAAA